UUUAUAGAACUGUCAUAGAAUUUAACAUGCAAACAUAUGAGGUAUUAUGCUUUUUGUCCACUUCAAACGGUCUUUUCUACUAUAAGCUCACUCAACGAGACGGUACACUAAAAAGAUCCGACUCUCUGCGAAUCGGACAUAGCUAGUCAACAUGGCAGAUGAAGCCACUAGGAAGGCAGUUUCUGAAAUACCGCUUUUAAAAACAAAUUCAGGACCAAGAGAUAAAGAACUAUGGGUUCAGAGACUUCGAGAAGAAUAUUUGGCUCUCAUAAAGUAUGUUGAAAAUAACAAAGCAGCUGACAAUGACUGGUUCCGUCUAGAGUCCAACAAAGAGGGCACAAGGUGGUUUGGAAAAUGCUGGUAUAUUCACGAGCUUCUCAAAUAUGAAUUUGACAUGGAAUUUGAUAUUCCAGUUACAUAUCCUGCCACAGCACCUGAAGUGGCUAUUCCAGAGUUAGAUGGGAAGACAGCGAAGAUGUACAGAGGUGGAAAAAUUUGCCUGACAGAUCACUUCAAGCCACUGUGGGCAAGGAAUGUCCCAAAGUUUGGUCUGGCUCAUCUCAUGGCUUUGGGACUUGGACCAUGGCUUGCAGUUGAGAUUCCAGACCUCAUUGCAAAAGGCAUAAUUCAACAUAAAGAGCAGCAGAACAGCUGAAAACAGUAGCAGCCUUUGCAUUUCACUAUGUCUUACUGAUGCAAACACAACUGGCAGUUUUAACAACAGUGGCUUGCUUUCCCUGUGGUUUCAAAUUUUUUGUUUGCAACCUCACAGAAACUGUGUACUUCACAUUCAUAUUUGUACAUAGAUCUGUUUUUAUUUUAAACUGUAUAUCAUAGUGGUUCAGUAUUGGCAAGGUUUAUAAUACCUUUCCAAUUGAAUAUGUAUGUUUUUCAUCAGUAAAGCUUGGCAAAUAAA